GAAUGACUCUUUUUCGUCCUUGGCUCACAAAUUCGCAAAGGAUUUCGCUACCAAAGGCUCGAAUCAAAGGAAAAGCCUGAGAGAAAUUAAUAAAAUAUUCCCAAAAAUAUUUACGCAAGAUCUCAACAGACAUUUAUAAGAACUAGGUAGGUAACCUACUUUUUUGAUCAUCAAAAUGGAUGAAAAAUUGGAAUAUUCUGAAGAGAUAGCAUCCGAGGCUGAAACGAAACAAUGGUCAGACAUACCGAGCAAAGCGUCGACAGUCAGUCAAACUUUCAAGAACAUUCUACCAAAAGAUUGCCUCCUCAGUUAUAUACCAGAGGGCGAUGACACUCGUUCUAAGAGAACAAUCAUACCCAGUACUAGACUUGAGAGACUAUCGUAUUUUCGGUCAUUCGUUUCCACGCCCAGUAAAACACAGAUUGUGUGUAUGCAACACGUGCGGUUUAAUAGAUUCCUUUGGUAUUACAUUUUCAAUGUGUUUUUCAAGAGCUUACCGCAUACCUUUGUGUACAUAUUUCUGGCAUCUUAUGCUCCCGAUGAACACUUCUUUCUAACCAAAAUGUUACCCAUUUGCAGCGGUUUUAGUCUAGCAUAUAUAAUAGCUGCAAUUCUGGAUAUGACUGCAUACAUUGACACAGUCAUUCGAUUGCUAGAUUACUCCAUACGCGGCUUGCUGUACAAGACUCCGUGGAAUAGGUGCCCUGUAAAAAGUUAUCAAUCUAGCUUAAAUAUUACCAUUCACUGCUAUAAUAUCGAAGAGUUUAUUAAAAAGUUCAACAAUGAUACAGCUGUUACUGAUACUGUUUAUAUAGCAUCAGAUGGUGAAUAUUUCCAAAUGGCGCCGGUGCUCUAUUAUGGGAGCCGUAUAUCAGCUUUGUUAAAAACCAUUCCCUACGGAUACUUGAGCACAAUUUAUUUCCUAAUCAUAUGGACGAUCGUUGCGUUGCACCACAACCAACUGUUCAAACGAUACAUUUGGAAGACUUUGAACGGAUUACAAAUGUUUAUAAUCAUUAUUUAUAUAAUGGUAUUCGUACACUUGUAUUCGGUUUACCUAUUUACACAUUUCGGCCAUAAAGUAACCGACGUUGUACAUGACGAAAUACAAAACAUACUUUGGAAAGCUGAUGUCGAUAUGUUAGCUGAGUCUAUGACUGCACCGCCUGCAGUUCAUAUAUUGACCGCGAGAAGUUCUCAAGAGAUACAACCUACCCGAGACAGCACCUUGAUAAUAUUAUCUAAUGCUAUCUUUUAUAUCUUGAGAGGUCUACUUUCGUAUAGGCUGAAGAAAUUCUGCGAGUCCUUAAUAAAUUCACCUAUUUUGAUCACUGAUUUCAAUCAAGACUCGUCCUUCUUCUUCUGGCCAAUGUAUUUUUCGACAUUUUACUUGGGUGAAUUUUAUUCAACCAUAUUUUUCAUUUUACAUUUUCUCAUGGAGUUAUAUACAGUUAUUGUCACCUACCAAUGUCUCGUGGAAGCCAUAGUAUGCGAAUGGCGUUUAGCUAAAAGGGUAGCCGUUACAAUAACUGUAUGGAUUAUAGGAUUUGUGUGGUUCGCUCUAUCUGACAUGAACGAAAGGAUAAUAUUUUACAUACUGUCGAAGGGCAUUGUCACGAUGAUGGAGGUCAUUGGCAUCUACGUCAUCUACCCAGUGGGCCGGCUCAUCGAUGACGUCACCUUCUUCGAAGGCGUGAAGCCCACCAAAAUGAGGACCCUCAAUCUCAGAUUUGUCCCUAUAUUUUAUGGGAUCAAAUUGUUUACCAUGAUAGAUGCCCUUUUAGAGGUGGCAUACAAAAUUGAAUAUACCAUCAUAAUUAAAUUUUUCUAUUUGAGCACUGGAGUCUUUUUGUUGACUAUUCUUAUAGGGGUCGUUCAUUCGUCUUACGUUUAUAUAUGGAAGAAAAAAGAGAGUUGGACGUCACUAUUUCGGCCUGAUGACAAGUGGGGACCGCCAUUCAAUACAAGACAAUUACGAAAACAAUAUGAAUCAAGACAAUUUGUCGGAUCACAAGCUCCAAGGUUACUAAGUCGUUACAUACUCAGGAAAUCGGAGUCUAAAGUAUACAGUUUGGAUAUUACAUACGAUACGUACGAACCGACCACUUCUUACGAGACGAGAACUGAAAAUGAAAAGAAAAGCGUCUAAGGUGG